AUGGAUGGGCCGACGAAUGACUUUAAUUUGCAGCGCUCAAAAGGAGAUCUGCAGUUAAAAUUGCGAGGUGACAAGAUUGAACGCUUAUUCCAGUCUGGUUGCGCCAGAAUAAUAUUGCCAAAAACCUAUGAUGCAAUGAAAGAAGCUGUUAUUUUAAAUACUGCUGGCGGGAUUACAGGUGGUGACGAGCUGAAGAUCCAGCUAAGAGCUGAGGCAUGUGCUUUAGUCGUAACCACCCAAGCGGCUGAACGUUUAUACAAAAGUAUUUCCAAAUCAGCAAAAAUCUCCAUUGAUUUACAAGCUAAAACAGGCACUUCACUCCACUGGCUGCCACAAGAGACUAUUGUCUUUGAUGGCGCAAAGGUCGAUCGCACUAUUAAACUAAAUAUGUCGGCAGACAGCCAAUGUUUACUAGCUGAGACGAUUAUUUUAGGUCGGGAGGCAAUGGGUGAGAGAAUAACACGGUGCCAUUUCACAGAUAACUGGCGGCUAUUCAGAGAUGGUCAGUUAUUCCAUGCUGAGUCCAUGCGGCUUGCAGGAGAGAUUGAAAAAAUUUUAGAGGCGAUAGCCUGUGGCAAUGGAGGAAAAAUGUUUACAACAAUUUUAUACUCUGGGGAUGAUAUAGAGCUUCGGAGAUCCGCGCUUAACCCUAUAAUUGAACAGUGUGCUUCAAACUGUGCGGCGUCAUACUGGAAAAAUAAAUUAGUUUUUAGACUUGUUAGCCGGCAUCCCCUCGCAGGAAAAGCCGACGUUAAGCUGAUACUGGCAUCUUUGCGAGAUCAGCCUUUACCGCGUGUUUGGAAUAGUUAG